GUUUGCGUUCAACAACAGGAACGACGGUUGUCAUCCAUCUGUGCUGGUGGCGUAACGAAUCUUUUAAAUUUCCUGAACUACUUUAACUAAUCGAACAGCGAAAAUAUCACGAAUAUAUCGACGUUACACAACCAGCGAACCAUCGAUACCUCACUCCGCGAACGAACUCCAAUUCAUACGUUUCCAGUGUCCUGUGGCUUGUGCUAAAUCCAAACUUAUAGUGCUUUUGAGUGUUUCCCGGGCAAUUCGGGCAUUUCCAUCUAAUACACGUUCAGUGAGUGGGAUCUGAGUGCCAGCAAAAUGGUGUACAACUUCAAAGUCUUCAAGAAGUGCGCCCCGAAUGGCAAGGUCACGCUGUAUAUGGGCAAGCGUGACUUUGUCGAUCACGUUUCCGGUGUCGAACCGAUCGAUGGUAUCAUCGUACUGGACGAUGAGUACAUCCGGGACAAUCGCAAGAUCUACGGACAGGUGGUUUGCAGCUUCCGUUAUGGGCGCGAGGAGGACGAGGUGAUGGGAUUAAACUUCCAAAAGGAGCUAUUCCUAGCGUCGGAACAGAUCUAUCCACGUCCGGAAAAGUCGGAUAAGGAGCAGACCAAGCUGCAGGAACGUUUGCUGAAGAAGCUCGGCCCAAAUGCCGUACCCUUCACGUUCAACAUCUCGACCAAUGCUCCGUCGUCGGUCACGCUGCAGCAGGGUGAGGAUGAUAAUGGCGAACCGUGUGGUGUGUCGUACUACGUCAAGAUCUUUGCCGGGGACUCGGAAACCGAUCGUACGCAUCGUCGCAGCACCGUCACGCUCGGUAUCCGUAAGAUCCAGUUCGCUCCGACCAAGCAGGGUCAGCAACCGUGCACCGUGGUUCGCAAGGAUUUCAUGCUUAGCCCCGGAGAGCUGGAGCUAGAGGUGACCCUUGACAAGCAGCUGUACCUGCAUGGUGAACGAAUAGGCGUCAACAUCUGCAUCCGUAACAAUUCCAACAAAAUGGUUAAGAAGAUCAAGGCGAUGGUGCAGCAGGGCGUCGACGUGGUGCUGUUCCAGAAUGGCAGCUACCGUAACACGGUGGCUUCGCUCGAAACCAGCGAAGGAUGCCCCAUUCAGCCCGGUUCCAGUCUGCAGAAGGUGAUGUACCUAACGCCGCUACUGUCCUCCAACAAGCAGCGCCGUGGCGUUGCCCUCGAUGGCCAAAUCAAGCGCCAGGAACAGUGUCUGGCAUCGACUACUCUACUAGCUCAACCGGAUCAACGCGAUGCCUUCGGAAUCAUUGUUUCGUAUGCCGUGAAAGUUAAGCUUUUCCUUGGUGCCCUAGGCGGAGAGCUGUCGGCUGAGUUGCCAUUCGUGCUGAUGCACCCGAAGCCAGGCACCAAGGCCAAGGUGAUCCAUGCCGACAGCCAGGCUGACGUUGAAACAUUCCGACAGGACACCGUCGAUCAGCAGGCGUCGGUGGAUUUCGAUUAAACACCGGCCGACUCGAUGGACGCCCGCCUGCUGCGAUGACAAUGAUAGAGACAUUUAGACAUUUUACACAUAACUUCCUAAGAACGCAAACGACCAACGAACGAGUGAUCUUGCUAACCUGCGUCCCAUCAGGCUUUUAAUCAGCAGUCUUGUCCAACGAGAUUCAAUGGUGACGCAGAAUGGCACGAUACGAUAUUAUCAAACCGAACAAGAGUGAGAUUCCCCAAGACCCGGUGCGAAGCGAAGGAACCGGCGGCAGCAGCAACAGCAGCAGCAGUGAAUGCUUGCGGAACUCCCCCAAUGCACCAAUGCAAUGUAUGGAUUUUCCUCAUCGGCGAUCACUGUUUUACUGCGUACGAAUCCGAUUGGCAUUUUUUUCUUCAUUUUGCUACGCGAGUCUCCGCGGAUUGCGGAACUGCGGCUCUGGAUGUUGGUGCAGCAGAUUGCAUUCGUAUGCUGCAAACUGAAAAGUAAAUUUUGUACACACCGAACAACAAAAAACUCUCUUUGAAUAAAAACAUGAUUUAAGAACAUUGGCUAAA